AUGACUCAACAGAGCAUAGCCUUUACCAUUCCACCCCAGCCGGACGACUCCAAUGACCAACCCGGUCUUUGGUCUGUCGGGCACAGCACCACUGUCUCGCUUCAGCCCGCGGAUGAGAACUCCGGCUCGGAGAGCCUUCGUUCGACGCUCAUCCGGCACUUUGCCGCAGACAUCGAUACCAAAUACACGGAUUUAAUCCUCAUCCUCUGCGGCUUCGUGAGCGGCCUCGUCGAUGGCCUUUCCUUCAACGCCUGGGGCAGUUUUGCCAGCAUGCAAACCGGAAACACUGUCUUCAUCGCCCUCGGCGUUAGCGGCCAACCAAUCUACCCAACCUACCUCUGGGCCAAAUCCCUCGUCGCCGUUACCGUUUUCAUUCUCUCCAUGAUCCUUUACAUCCACGUCUCGCGUCUGCUAUCCCCCCGCCGCCGCUCGACCCUCCUUCUUUCAUUCAGUGCGCAGACCCUUGCCCUACUGGCCGCCGCCGUUCUCGUCGAAACCGGCUCCGUGAGCCGGCGUCUCGAGGACCCCCGCGCCCCUAUACAAUGGAUCCAGAUUCUCCCCAUCUCAUUGCUUUCAUUCCAGGCGGCGGGUCAGAUCGUGACUUCACGAAUGCUGGCCUUCGACGAGAUCCCGACAGUGGUGCUGACGACACUUCUGUGCGACUUGCUCGUGGACAAGGAGUUGUUGGCGCGCGGGUGGAGAUCGAACCCGCGGCGGAAUCGCCGGGUCGGCGCGUUCCUGGCGCUCUUCCUGGGCGCGAUGACGGCGGGGGGGUUGAGCAAGGUGACGGAUAUGGCUGCAAGUCUGUGGUUGGCGAUGGGAUACCGAGGCUCGUACUUAAGCGAUCUCGACUCAAAUACCACACGACAAUCCCAUCAUGUAAAUCAUCCACCCAACAAAAUGACACAAUCAAUCCUCACCACCACCCAAGAUGGCAUCACAACCAUCACACUCAACCGCCCCCACCGCCGCAACGCCGUCGACCCCCCAACCGCCAAAGCGCUCUACAACGCCAUCCUAGCCUUCGACGCCGACCCCGCACAGAAAGUCUGCAUCCUCACCGGCGCCGGCGGGACCUUCUGCGCCGGCGCCGAUCUCCACGCCGUCGCAGCAUCCUCCCCAUCCACACUGACAACCCAAGAGAACCUCCAGCCUGUCCCUGACCCGUCCAACAAAGGCAAAUCCGAGCCAGUCCCAGUCCCGUCCCUAGGACCAAUGGGCCCCACCCGCCUGCACACAUCCAAGCCCCUCAUCGCCGCAAUCGCCGGGCACGCCGUCGCAGGCGGGCUCGAGCUCGCCCUCCUCGCUGACCUGCGCAUCGUCGAGGAAGACGCCAUCCUCGGCGUUUUCUGUCGGCGGUGGGGCGUCCCGCUCAUCGACGGCGGGACGGUGCGUCUGCAGGCGAUUGUGGGGUUGGGGCGGGCGCUGGAUUUGAUUCUCACUGGGCGCCGGGUCGGCGCGGACGAGGCGCUGGGGAUGGGGUUGGUGAGUCGGGUUGUUGCCAAGGGGGCGGCGGUGGAGGAGGCGACGGCGUUGGCGAGGGAGUUGAUGCGGUUCCCUGCGAUGUGUAUGAAUGUUGAUCGGGGGAGUUGCUAUUACAGUGCGUAUCGGGCGGGGUCGAUGGAGGAUGCGCUGCGGAGGGAGUUUGAGAGGGGGGCUAGGGUGUUGGCGGCGGAGAGUGUGAGCGGGGCGGCGAGGUUUCGGGAUGGGGAGGGGAGACAUGGGAGGUUUGGGAAGUUGUAG